AUGAUUAUACUGCCAGCUAUUCGGUAUUAUAUUGAAGUCGAAUUGGGUAAAAUUGAGACUGUUGGAAUGAUUCUUCGCAGCAGUUUCCGUUGCUCUAUGAGCUUUGAGUUCCUGAACUACACAAUCAUCACGAGCAAAUGCAAGGGGCCGCAAUACCCUGCUUCCCUCUGCUGCUCUGCUUUCUUGGAAUUCGCAUGCCCGUAUGCAGAUUAUUUGAAUGAUGCCACUACUGACUGCGCAUCAUCAAUGUUCUCUUACAUCAACCUAAAUGGCAGGUACCCUCCAGGCCUAUUUGCUAGUGAGUGCCAAGGAGGAAAGGAAGGGCUUGCGUGCCCCCCUUCUUCCUCGCCCGACGCUGCCGAUGCUCCGCAUUCAGCUCAAAGACUUACUAUAGCUUUGAUUGCUUCUAUGUGUGCGAUUCUUGUUGCCAUCCUAUUCUAG